AUGCAGUAAGAGCCCAAAUCCUCGUGUUAUCAAUAACAAAAAGAAAAACAAGUUAAAAGAACGCGAUUGGUUCGUUUAUACCACGCGCUUUUUGAUUCGUGGUGCCUCUGUCAUUCGUCGUGUUCACAUCUCCCCGAACCUCUCCUUCUUCUUCCUUCUCGUUCUCUUCUCCUGCUUCUGUCACAUCACCCUCGAAAUCUCACUUUUUUCGUUUUCACCUUUUUCAUAAUCACGAUAGCUAAGCUUUCAAUCCUUUCACAUCCAUUUCAUAUCAUAAUCUUCUUCUUCUUAUUAAGUGUAAUUAGGAUCAGAGAGAGAUUUAGCGAAAAACAACAAUGGCUCAAGCGGUUGAAGAAUGGUACAAACAGAUGCCGGUUAUUACACGAUCUUAUCUAACUGCUGCUGUUGUUACCACCAUCGGAUGCUCCCUCGAUAUAAUUUCUCCGUAUCAUUUGUACUUGAACCCUAAACUGGUGGUGAAGCAAUAUCAGUUUUGGCGUUUGGUUACUAAUUUCUUGUACUUCCGGAAGAUGGACUUGGACUUCUUGUUUCACAUGUUUUUUCUUGCUCGGUACUGCAAGCUUCUAGAGGAGAACUCGUUCAGGGGAAGGACUGCUGACUUUUUUUACAUGCUCUUGUUUGGCGCCACUGUGUUGACUGGAAUCGUUCUUCUUGGGGGGAUGAUACCUUACUUAUCAGAGUCAUUUGCUAAGAUUAUAUUCCUUAGCAACUCAUUGACAUUUAUGAUGGUUUAUGUAUGGAGCAAACAGAAUCCCUUUAUUCACAUGAGCUUCCUAGGUCUCUUUAAUUUCACUGCUGCCUAUCUUCCAUGGGUCCUCUUGGGGUUCUCUGUUCUUGUUGGUGCCAGUGCAUGGGUAGAUUUACUGGGAAUGAUUGCUGGCCAUGCAUACUAUUUUCUUGAAGAUGUCUAUCCUCAGAUGACCGGUCGUCGUCCCCUAAAAACACCAUCGUUUAUCAAAGCACUAUUCGCAGACGACCCAGUUGUUGUGGCACGACCUGCCAAUGUUAGAUUUGCUGCUCCACAAGUCGAUGAACUUCACUAAGAUUGAACGGUCCAUCCCUAUAUUGUGAGAGAACACACAUCAAUGCCGUCUAUGCUGUAAUAUGUAAAUGUCUAUCUUUUCAAACCUUUUUUAGUGUGCAAUUGUUAAUUAUUACAAUUUUAGUUGCACCAUGUCGAAUAUCCAUAGUUUUACCAGAAAUGAUAUAAUUGAUUUUCUGUUUUCUGAUUAUCAUUUAUCAGACACUCCAUAAUGUAGAUAUAAUAUUACCAUUCCUUUUUUUUAGUUA